AUGUUAUCGCUGGAUUGCUCGAACAUGCGCCAAUGUCGGGUAGUUGUGGCCAUGGUUGUAUACAUUUCCCUUUUUCUUGAUAACAUGCUGUUAACAGUAAUAGUUCCGAUUCUACCCGAUUAUCUGGUGCAGUUUCACGACAAAGUACCGGCGAGCGUCAUCUACAAAAACUUUAGUCUGCAUUACGUCCCGAAGCUUAUCGGUGCAGUAAGUGAGGCAGUGGUCGUCGUACAGCCAACUAAUCCUCCGGUAGAUAAAACAACGACAAUUGAGCAGGAGAACGGUUCUAUAGGUAUUCUGCUCGGUGUCAAAGCUCUCGUACAACUGUUGGCUAACCCUCUAGUUGGCAGUGGAACCGCCCGGUUCGGUUACUGCGUGCCAAUCACCUUCGGUACCGUCAAUCUGCUGUUGGCUUCCUUAAUCUUUGGCUUUGGGACAUCGUACACCUCACUCUUCGUGGCACGAGCCAUCCAUGGUUUGGGUUCGGCGUGCAUUGGCGUGUGUGGCAUGAGUCUGGUAGCGCAACUUUACACCGAACCGGAACGUCGGUCUAAAGUUAUGGGUACGGUUUUGGGCGCGAUGGCCGUCGGAGUGCUGGUAGGUUAUCCGUUCGGCGGAAUAGCCUAUGAAAUGGCCGGCAAAGCGGCACCAUUCCAUGUGCUGACAGUAUUGUGCGCGGGAAAUUUGGUACUGCAGUACCUUCAACUAGAUCUCAGCGAGUAUCGCAUCCAUCCGUUGCCCCAUGAUUCAUCCACUGCGACAGAGGAUAAGCGGGCGACAUGGUGGCCCCUGCUCAGCAACCGUCUCAUACUGGUCGUUGUGGGUGGUAUCUGGAUUUCAACCUCCGCAAUGGCCAUCCUGGAACCAUGUCUGCCCAUUUGGAUGAUUAGCCAACUGCACCCGAAAAAAUGGCAACUGGGAACGGUCUUCAUACCGGACUCGAUUGGUUACUGGCUGGGUACGAACUUUUUCGGCUCGGUGGCUUACCGAUACGGGCAGAUUAGAGUCGCGAUUGUGGCGCUUCUGCUCGUUGGCAGCUCAUGCAUUCUCAUUCCAUCCGCAAACACCGUUGCGGGACUUUUGUUGCCCCAUUUGGGGCUCGGUUUGGGUAUCGGCGUUGUAGAUGCGGCUUUAGUGCCUCUGCUUGCAACACUGGUGGAUUCGCAGCUGAGUAAUCAUCCUGACCAUGAUGUUGGCUUUACUGCUGAAGAAUCAGGCGGCGAGCGGGGAUACGGUGCAGUGUAUGCAAUUCAACAGAUAGCAGUUAGUGUGGCUUACUCGCUCGCGCCGAUAAUCGGCGGUGAGUUGGUCCCGGUCAUUGGAUUUGCAAUCGUUUUGCGUGCUCUCGGUGUGCUGAAUAUACUGUAUGUUGUAUUGCUCGCCUGCUCCAGUCUUCGAAGCACAGUGGGGAACGUAUUUGGGAGCUCUAUGAAACAACCAGAUUUACCACUUGCCAGCAGUGAGCCUACGACCUAUAGGCGUUUUUACAACACCCUCGAGUGA